UGGUAAACCUGGCGCUUGGUAAGACCGUCUCUAGUAGCAGCAUCUAUCCAUAUCCCCCAUAUUCAAAAGAGAGCUAUGCCGUGGAUGGUAGGACAGACUUUACUGACAACAGUCUACUGUUUCACACAGACUUCGAACUUUAUCCCUGGCUGACGGUAGACAUAGGAACACUCUGUAUUGUGAAAAAUGUAAUUCUUUACAACAGAAGCGAUGGCCAUGGUCGCUGGCUACAUAGUAUUGAGAUAAGAGCUGGACUCUCUUCCGUUUGGUCCGAGAUGAACAUGUGUGGCACAGUCCUUGGACCGAGUCAAACUGGAGAAAUCCACACCAUAGAGUGUGAAACCAAACCCCUCCUAUAUGGGUCUUAUGUCACUGUGAAAAUAGUGCGUCCUAACUACAUUACAGACGACCCUAUGGCAUUCGGCGGAAAAAAUGUCUUGUGUUUAAGAGAAAUUGUCGUCAAUGGCCGUGAUGCAUAA